AUGAAUAAAUUCCCUUGGCAAUCUUUUAUAAUUUGAAGUGACUUGCCAAUCUUUUUCAAAAAAUAUGCAUCAAUUCCUUUAUGCCAGCUGCAAUUUGCAGAGCUAAAUAGCACAUUCAAAUUGUUUGAAAAUGUUAGCUUUAAAAGCUUCAUUCUCUCUUGCCAAAAUCCUUUCAAAGGUUACUCAUAUCUUAAUAUAUAG